GUACCCUUUGCCCUAUGCGAAUAAUUUGUCACAUCAUCUCAAAUCCCCUUAUAUUGCCUUAAUUUCUUCGUCUCCCUUCAAUCCCAUUUACGAUUUCUCAGUUCUCACCACACCAUCGCUAUGAAUGGCAAUCGCAUCUCUGCCGUGAUUUUCGAUUUGGAUGGCACCCUUUUGAACACAGAGCAAGUUACAAAGGAUCUUUUAAAGGAAUUUCUUGCUAGAUAUGGGAAAGUGGUGGACAUGGAGAAGGAAAACAAGAGGAUGGGAAUGGUACACCAUGAGUCUGCAAUUGCAGUUGUUAAAGACUAUGAUCUUCCAAUUACACCUCAACAAUACACCCAAAACAUCAUGCCCAUGUAUCAUGAAAAGUGGCCUCAAGCCAAACCACUUCCUGGUGUCAAUCGCCUCAUUAAGCAUCUCCAUAAACAUGGAGUUCCUUUUGCACUUGCUUCCAACUCCAUAAGGAAGAAUGUUGAAGUCAAAGUCUCUUCCCAGAAAGGUUGGAAAGAAUACUUUUCAGUAAUUCUUGGAAGUGAUCAAGUCAAAUCAGGAAAACCUUCUCCAGAUCUAUUCCUGGAAGCUGCAAAUAAGAUGGGUGUGGAUGCAUCUUGCUGUCUUGUGAUAGAAGAUUCUCUUGUAGGGGUUAAAGCUGGAAAGGCUGCAAAAAUGCAAGUGGUGGCUGUUCCUUCUAUUCAAGAUGAAUCAGAUCAAUAUUCAAUUGCUGAUCAUAUAAUUCGUUCAUUUCUAGAUUUUCAACCAGAGCUUUGGGCACUCCCUCCUUUUGAUGACUGGGUGAUGAAUGCAUUACCAAUUGAACCAAUUUGUUUCAAGGCUUCAAACAAAAAUGGAUUUCUUCAAGAACUUUCAGUUAAUGGAGCUUCUGAUCUUCCUAAUCAAGCAUGGGGUGUGUAUUUUGGGUGGGUUGAAGUUGACUCACAACAGAGAUUCAAGAUUAUAGUUAGCAUAAAAUGGGACUAUACUUCUGGCUCUUUUGGAAAAACCAUUGAAGCUUGUUUUAUGAAUGGAAGCAAUGAGCAAAUCUAUGAUGAGCCAAUGAAAGUGACACUAGUUGGUUUCAUCAGAGGAUUCGAUACAAAGAAGAAUCCUUCAAGUGAUACUCACAUACUUGAUCAAGAUAAGUCAAUAGCAGAAGCUUGCUUGGAUUUAGCAGAAUAUCAGUAUUAACAGUGCCUAUUGGUGGGAAAAGUUAAACUUUUAAACCAUUGCACUGAAAUAAGUUCAAAUUUAUACAAGUUAUUAGAAUACAUCAUCUUUCUGAUAAAGAACUGGAGUUGUGUCCAUGUGUUUGUGGAUGGAUCAAUGUGAUUUGAUGUUUUUAAGCUUGAAAUGUAAUAGGUCCCACAUUUGGGAUAAUAAGAACAUUUGAAAUAAUAUAAAUUUUGAACUUUAAUGAGUA